AUCAAAUACCCUAGAUACCGGAAACGCGGGUUUUUUAAACUUGCCAUGUUUGAUAGUAUGAGUGAAACAUCCAAACAGAAACAAAUACCAACAACUAAUCAUGAAAAGUUAAUUGAAUCUCAUUUAAUAAAAACAGCUCAAAUAUUAGAAGAUACAUUAGAUGAACAAAUUAAUCAUUUGGAUAAUUUAAAUGAUGAUGAUUUAGAAGCUAUUCGUAAACUUCGAAUUAAGCAAAUGAAAGAAGAAUCAAAACAACAUUCUGAAUGGUUAGCUUUAGGACAUGGUGUUUAUUCUGAAUUAUCAAGUGAAAAAGAUUUUUUUACUACUUGUAAAACAUCAUCAUUUGGUCUUGUUUGUCAUUUUUAUCGUGAUUCGACAUUUCGAUGUAAAAUUUUAGAUAAACAUUUAAGUUUAUUAGCUUCAAAACAUAUUGAAUGUAGAAUGGUAAAGAUAAAUGCAGAGAAAGCACCAUUUUUAACAAAACGAUUAAAUAUUCAAGUGAUACCAACUUUAAUUCUUGUUAAAAAUGAAAAAGUAUGCGAUCGUAUUAUUGGGUUUGAUGAACUUGGUGGUCAUGAUGAAUUCUCUACUGCUAUGCUUGAAUGGCGUUUAGCUAUUGGUAAAGUGAUUAAAUAUUCUGGUGAUUUAACAGUUCCACCAGAUAUGAAUAAGAAGAAAAAGUCUACAUGUAGUAAUUUAUCAAGUAUUACUACAAAACUAUAUGACAAUAAAUCUAUGUAUAAUAAGUGUUUUGACAAUAACAAUGAUGAUGAUAACCAAGAUAGUGAUUAAUUAGUUGUUGUUAUGCUAGUUGUAACUUCCUCUCUAUCUAUAUAACAAUUCAGUUUUACGUGGCAAUUGCUUUUUUUAAUUUUGUAACCAUUAUCUCUAUACGCACAUGUAAACAUAUAGAAAUACAAAUUACAAAUCAUAUUUUACUUUGGAAUAAUGUGUCUUUGAGUUUUCAACUUCUUCAAUGUCAGCAAGAAAAAUAAAUAGGAAUACAACGGGUAAAGGUUGAUUAUCACUUUAUUGUAAUAGAAAGACAACGUGUCUCUCUCUCUCUCUCUCUCUCUCUCUAUCUAUCUAUCUAUCUAUCUAUAUAUAUAUAUCAGAAAGGGUUUUGUGGAGAUUCAAGAAAUUUCAAUAGUUGAGUCAAUUGAAGCUAGACCACCAGUGCUUCCAGGUUUUUCAUGUUCGUGUAGCUUCAAUUGACUCAUGAUUUCAACUAUUAAAAUAUAUUUAUUUGUAAAUAUUGUGUUUACAUCUUUUUUGUUUAAUUUUUGUGUAUUUAAUAUUGUGUUGUAUAUUUCGUAUAGUAAUAUAUCUAUUUGAUUUUUGUUCUUUUCUUCUUAAUCGAUAUGACAUAGAUAUUGUAUUUGUUAUAAUUCAUCAUAUAGUAUUAUAUGUAUUGUUGUAAACAAAGUUCCUUACUUGUAUAAUGAAAGUAUAUUCCAUUUCAAUUAUAUAUUUGAAAAAAAUGAUAAAACUGAUCAAUUAUAGAAUUGAAUUAUAUGUGCAAGAUCUUUAUCUUUAAAUAAUAACUAUGAUACUA